CCCCUGCUUCUUCUUCGUAUUCUAAAACCCUAACUCUGAUCAAUUUCAUCCUUACGCUUCCAUGAAGCUUCGUAGUCGUUCUUCUGAUCCUUCUGACAAAGGUAAGAGCGUUGUGGAGAUAUCGGACUAUGAAGAUGAUGGUCACUCAUCCUCAGAUUCUGAUUACAGUGAAUAUAGUCAAGAAGGUCUUGACAAUGAUGAAGAUUUGGUUGAAGAAGAUUCAGAGGUUGAUGAGCCCAAGAGAAGGAAAAUUGGCUCAAGGAGAGAAAAGAUAAAAAAUCAGGAAAGGGAGGAACAAUUGGAUGAAGAAAUGGUGGUUGAAGUUGAUCAUGUUGAGCCUGUUGGAGAAGAUGUUGCUGUAGUAAAGAAAAUAACUAAUAAGAAAGGGAAGAAGACAAGACCAACAUUAAUGUGGGAGGUUUGGGAAGAAGAGACUGAGAAAUGGCUUGACCAGCAUAUGACAACAGAUAUUAAUUUAGAUAAUUUGAAUGAGGUAGUAGUGGAAACUGUUGAUGCAUCACCGGAUCUGAUUAUGCCACUUCUAAGGUACCAAAAGGAAUGGCUAGCCUGGGCAUUGAAGCAAGAAGAAUCUGCUUCAAGAGGGGGUAUCCUGGCUGAUGAAAUGGGGAUGGGGAAGACUGUGCAAGCGAUUGCUCUUGUACUUGCUAAACGGGCACUUUGCCGUGAAAUUGGUGAACCUGUUGGGCUGUCAACUGGUUCCUCCACAGGGUUACCAUGUGUCAAAGCAACCCUUGUUAUAUGCCCCUUAAUUGCUGUCAUGCAAUGGGUUAAUGAGAUCGAUCGAUUCACUGCAAAAGGAAGCAACAAGGUACUAGUAUAUCAUGGAGCCAACAGGGCGAAAACACUUUGUGAAUUUUCACAGUAUGAUUUUAUCAUAACUACAUACUCCAUCGUGGAGGCUGAAUAUCGGAAAAAUGUUAUGCCACCAAAAGAUAGGUGUCAGUGGUGUGGGAAAAUGUUUUAUAAGAAGAAACUACAAAUUCACCUGAGAUAUUUCUGUGGUCCUGAUGCUGUUAAAACCGAUAAGCAGUCGAAGCAGUCUAAAAAGAGAGGGAAACAUGGGGUAAAAUUGUCAAUGUCGAAAGAAGAUCCAUCUGCUGAAGGGGAUGAUAAAAAGAAGGCAAGUGACAAGAAUACAAAGCGUCAGAGGAAGAAAGAGCAAUUAGAAGCUGGUGGUUCUUCAGAGAGUCCCUCAGGUUCUUCAUAUAAAUCGUCUCAGAAGUCUAUUUUGCACUCUGUAAAAUGGACUCGCAUUAUUCUGGAUGAGGCUCAUUACAUAAAAGAUAGACGCUGUAAUACCACCAGAGCUGUUUUUGCGUUAGAGUCCUCCUAUAAAUGGGCUUUAAGUGGCACUCCCCUUCAAAAUCGUGUUGGAGAACUCUACUCACUUGUUCGCUUCUUACAAGUAACUCCAUUCUCUUAUUACAUGUGUAAAGACUGUGAUUGUAAAGUGCUUGAUAGUCCAAAUUCAGUAUGCCAAGACUGCCCUCACAAAUCAGUGAGACACUUCUGUUGGUGGAAUAGAUACAUUGCUAAUCCCAUUGCAAAUGGAGGGCGUACGGAUCAGGGUAAAAGAGCUAUGAUUCUGCUGAAGGAUAAGGUUUUGAAGAGCAUAUUGUUACGGCGUACUAAGAAGGGUAGAGCUGCAGAUCUUGCACUCCCCCCUAGAAUAAUUUCACUGAGGCGUGACUACCUUGAUAUUACAGAGAAGGAUUAUUACACAUCACUCUAUAGUGAAAGUCAAGCUCAAUUUAACACAUACAUUGAAGCAGGAACACUAAUGAACAACUAUGCUCAUAUUUUUGACCUCCUAACGCACCUGCGACAGGCUGUUGAUCAUCCUUAUCUUGUGGUGUACUCCAAAUCUGCUGUUGAAAGAAGGGCAGGCGAGGCCGGAUCUACUGAUGAACAAGUUUGUGGUUUAUGUCAUGAUGUAGCAGAAGACCCUGUGGUCACAUCAUGUGGGCAUCUCUUCUGUAAGCCGUGUCUGAUUGAAUUUUCAGCUAGCUAUGGUCAACCUGCAUGCCCUUCAUGUUCGAAACCACUUACGGUGGACUUCAGUUCAAACAAGGAUCAAGAAGAUCAGAAGCCUAAAAUGAGCGUGAAAGGAUUUAAGUCAACAAGUAUUAUCAACAGAAUCCGUCUUGAAGAUUUCCAGACAAGCACCAAAAUUGAUGCUUUGAAGGAAGAAAUCAGAUUCAUGGUCGAAAGGGAUGGUUCUGCUAAAGGAAUUGUAUUCAGCCAGUUCACAUCAUUUCUGGAUUUGAUAAGCUAUUCUUUGCAGAAGUGUGGCGUGAAAUGUGUUCAGUUAGAUGGAUCCAUGAGCAUGGCUGCCAGAGAAGCUGCAAUUACCAGAUUCACGGAGGAUGGGGAGUGCAGAGUCUUCCUGAUGAGCUUGAAAGCUGGAGGUGUUGCUUUAAAUCUUACAGUUGCCUCACAUGUAUUCUUGAUGGACCCUUGGUGGAAUCCGGCUGUGGAGCAGCAAGCACAAGAUAGAAUCCAUCGAAUAGGUCAAUACAAACCAAUCAGGGUUGUGAGGUUUAUAAUAGAGAACACCAUUGAAGAGAGAAUUCUGAAUCUGCAAGAGAAGAAGAAAUUGGUGUUCGAGGGGACGGUGGGAGGCUCAAACGAAGCUCUGGGAAGGCUGACGGAGGCCGAUAUGAGGUUUCUUUUUGCGACCUAACUUGCUUUCAUUCAAAUGGCAAAUGUUAAUAUUAGAAAAAAGGGUUUAAUUUAUUUUGGUUUAACCAUCUUAAAUGAAGAAGCUAGAAAACUUGUAGUAACGGUUUUCUCCGAAAGUGGGUCUUUUGGUGGUAGUGACUGGCGACGAAGUCGUGGUUGGCUUUAGAGCUGUUUUCUAUUUGUUUUGUUGUGAAAUGUGAAUAGAAAGAGAUGUUAGAAAUCUGCUUUUGUUGUUG